AUGGCCGACCUCCAACCGCAAGGCGGAGAGCGAGUGGCAUCUGUAGAUCACCAGGCCCCUGCAGUCGAGCAUUCCUCGAUUCGGCCAAAGGGUGCUGAGGCAUCAUUCGAAGCUGGCAGUGCAUCGUCCUCCGCUCGGAGACACGGCGCUGUAGAGCUCGUCGGCGCGGAUUCCCAACCGCCGAUUCAAACCACAGUCGCGGAGUUGGACCGUAGUAAAGGUCGAUUCGGAUAUCUGAAAAAGAGACAGUUUUGGAUCGUGCUUCUUUUAUCUCAAGCGCUUGCCGUCACUAUCACUGGCACGAACACCUUGUCUUCGCUCCUACGAGACGAAGGAACUUCCAUUCCUGCGUUCCAGUCUCUAUUCAAUUACAUCCUGCUCAACCUCAUCUAUACAACCUGGACCAUCUACAAAUAUGGUUUCAAAGGCUGGCUGCGUCUCUGCUGGAAGGAUGGCUGGCGAUACUUCAUCCUGGCAUUCUUCGACGUUGAAGGCAAUUAUUUUACCGUCCUGGCUUAUCAGUACACGACUAUCCUCUCGGCCCAGCUUAUCAACUUCUGGGCCAUCGCUAUCGUUGUGGCCGUCUCGCUCAUCUUCCUCAAGGUCCGAUAUCACCUUUUCCAAUACGUCGGCAUACUUGUCUGCUGCGGAGGCCUUGGGGUCCUUGUCGCGUCGGAUCACAUCACCAAGGCCAACCCCGGGGGUGCCUCCAAUGCGGUGAAAGGAGACCUUUUCGCCCUGCUGGGUGCCACCUGUUAUGGUCUCUCCAACGUAACACAGGAGUUUCUCGUAAGCAAGAAGCCUCUUUACGAAGUUAUUGGCCAGUUGGCAUGGUGGGCCAUGUUCAUCAUAGGAGUGCAGGCCGCCAUUUUCGACCGCGCUGCCUUCCAGAGCGCAACAUGGAAUUCCAAAGUGGGAGGAUACAUGACUGGGUACACGCUCCUCCUGACGUGGUUCUACUCGGCCGUGCCGGUUGUGCUGCGCAUGGCAUCGGCGGCCUUCCUCAACAUUGGUCUUCUCACUGGCAACUUCUGGGGUGUUGUUGUCGGUACUCAAGUCUUCGGGCUAUCAAUUCACUGGAUGUAUCCGAUCGCGUUCGUUCUGAUCAUGGUCGGCCACUUCAUCUAUUACGGCACCGAGGGCGUGCUCGGCGAGGCCAAGAAGCCGUGGCUAGGAGAGAACCAGGAGGGUGGCAGCGAUGGGUUUGGCACGGCUCGCCGGCAAUUAGAGCAUCCCGGUGUGACAUUGUAG